CUGAGCCGGCGGUGGAGGAAAGCGGUGGCCGCGGGGACGGUAUUGGCGCGCCCGACUUCCGUCCGCCUCGCCGCACGAUUUUUCGACGCGGUUUGGGGCCCAGCGGACUUCGUCCCUAGCCAUGGACUCCCAGAAAGAAGCUCUACAAAGGAUCAUUUCAACCCUGGCAAAUAAAAAUGAUGAAAUUCAGAACUUUAUUGAUACACUAAAUCAAACACUAAAAGGAGUUCAGGAGAAUUCUUCUAACAUACUUUCGGAGUUAGAUGAAGAAUUUGAUAGUUUAUAUUCUAUUUUGGAUGAGGUGAAAGAAAGUAUGAUUAAUAGUAUCAAGCAGGAACAAGCUCGUAAGUCACAAGAGUUACAGAGUCAGCUCAGUCAAUGUAAUAAUGCCUUGGAGAACUCGGAAGAACUACUAGAAUUUGCAACACGGUCACUAGAUAUAAAGGAACCUGAAGAAUUUUCAAAGGCUGCCAGACAGAUCAAGGAUAGAGUAACAAUGGCUUCAGCCUUUCGCCUUUCUUUGAAACCAAAGGUCAGUGACAACAUGACUCAUUUAAUGGUGGAUUUUUCUCAGGAAAGACAGAUGCUGCAAACUUUGAAGUUUUUGCCAGUCCCUAAAGCUCCAGAGAUAGAUCCAAUAGAGUGUUUGGUGGCUGACAAUUCUGUAACAGUAGCUUGGAGAAUGCCAGAAGAAGAUAAUAAGAUUGAUCAUUUUAUACUGGAACAUCGGAAAACUAAUUUUGAUGGACUUCCACGUGUAAAGGAUGAACGAUGCUGGGAAGUAAUCGAUAAUAUUAAGGGUACCGAGUAUACACUAUCAGGCUUGAAGUUUGAUUCAAAGUAUAUGAAUUUCAGAGUACGAGCUUGUAACAAAGCUGUAGCUGGAGAGUAUUCUGAUCCAGUGACUCUAGAGACCAAAGCACUAAACUUCAGUUUGGAUAACUCAUCAUCCCAUUUGAACCUGAGAGUUGAAGAUACCUGUGUAGAGUGGGAUCCUACUGGAGGAAAAGGUCAAGAAAAUAAAAUGAAAGGGAAAGAGAAUAAGGGCAGUGUCCAUGUUACUUCACUGAAGAAACAUACAAGAAGUGGCACACCAUCCCCCAAACGGACAUCCAUAGGCUCCAGGCCACCAGCAGUAAGAGGCAGCAGAGAUCGUUUCACUGGGGAAUCAUACACAGUGCUGGGAGACACUGCUAUUGAAAGUGGACAACAUUAUUGGGAGGUCAAAGCCCAGAAGGAUUGUAAAUCCUACAGUGUGGGAGUAGCAUACAAGACUUUGGGGAAAUUUGACCAAUUAGGAAAGACAAACACUAGUUGGUGUAUCCAUGUCAACAACUGGCUACAGAACACAUUUGCAGCAAAGCAUAAUAAUAAAGUCAAAGCCUUGGAUGCUACUGUUCCUGAGAGAAUAGGUGUAUUUUGUGAUUUUGAUGGGGGUCAACUUUCUUUCUAUGAUGCAAGCUCAAAACAGUUGUUGUAUUCCUUUAAGACGAAAUUUACUCAGCCAGUACUACCUGGUUUCAUGGUUUGGUGUGGUGGACUUUCUUUGAAUACUGGGAUGCAGGUUCCAAGUGCUGUGAGAACACUUCAGAAAAGUGAAAAUGGAAUGACUGGUUCAGCUAGCAGCCUAAACAAUGUUACUCAGUAAUGCUUA